UCCAAUUAAAAGUAUGUAAUUUUGAACUGUGCUAAGUUCAGUAUUUUUCCCCUGUAUGGCUUCCAGCUGUGAUACUCCGCAGGAUCAUGAUCCCAGUAGACUAAUUAUAAAAGUAUGGGAAUUUUUUGCAAGUGCUGCAACUGGUUUGUGCCAACUAUAUAAAGGCAAGAUUGAUCACUGCGCUGAUUUUCAAAAUUUACUGGAUACGCUGUCUUCAAUUGAGAGGUUCUAUAGAGGAUCUCAGAAUUCUGUAGAAGCUGCACUGAGCUAUGGAAAAAUCGUCGGUUCUCAGUAUCUACGCCUUCAUUUGAGAGAUUUAGCUUAUGAGAAUAUUCAAACUACUACAGGGGAAAAUGGAGUUGAAGUUUAUGUGCCUUUGGAAUCAUUAUUACUUGGGAGCACUGAAACACUUGGUCGUUCCAGAAAACUCCAAAGAAAGCGUCCACGCCAUUGUGUUUAUUGUCCUCAUUUAUCUAAGCGAAUUGCUUUGGACAAUUGCGGUCACAAGCGUUGUCGUAAUAGAUGCUCCAAAAAGAAGCGAACAUUUUUUUCUGUUUUAAACACAGUCUUAGAUGAUUCACAUUUGUAUGGUGUCAUUGAUGGCCUCAACGGAGAUGGAUCUAUCAGACACAACGAUGAAGUAGUAAAGUCGAUUGUGCCUAAUUCUUUAUCGGCAUCAGAAGCUUUCAUUCCCCCCAUCAGUUCAUUUGUCAAUCAUUCAAGUAUUUCACAAUUAGUUUGUGAUGGAUUGACCCAGAGAAGAAAGCGUCAUCAUCAUAUACUGCCUAGUUAUCAAGUAACGAAUAACCGUGUCUGUAAUUCUACUGAUUAUCGUGAUGAGUCAAUCAGUCGGGAUCCAUUCAAUGUCUUUCAGGAUGCUGUACAGAUCAUAAAUCUUCUUGAUCCACUCUCCAAAUUUUCAGUAACCAGUAGCACAGGGAACUCACAAAACUCGUUCAAGCGUCCUCGUAUUGAAAGCUCUACUUCAUCCAUGGAUGACUCGAACAAUAUAUUACUAUAAUAUAAGCUACUCUGAUCUACGUGAAAUGUUUUCAUAGUUUUUCUCCAAAAUUUUCUUCGUACCUCCUGAACUUCUUUGAAUGAUCCGACUUCUAUAUGUUCCUAAAGCUGUUUAUGAUUGUAUCUUCUUCCUAGACUAUCUGACAUUUACGCAUUUGUGAAACAUUAUUGGUAUCUCCCUUUGUGUCUAAGUGGUACAUUUCAUCAUAUGUUGUAUUUCUCAGAAGAAAUUUAACUAAAACUUUAAAUCACUACUGUACUUUCUAGUUUCCAAAAAAAAGUUAUGAUGUACCCAUUAGUUUUUUCUUGGUUGCUGUUUCCCUCCACUCAUCAGCUAUUUUAAGAAUAAACGUUGAGAGCAAAUCAAUUCAUUU